AUGAACGGCCGGGCUAGCUUGAGCGGCAAGCCCUACAGCGCGGGGGUGCGCAUCGCCAACUGGAACGAGGACACGUACUUAGAGGAGGACCUCUUGAAAGAUUUUUUGUAUAAAAGAGAAAAAGGAGAACUUCUAAUACAGAAAUCAAAGAGACUUAAAAAUAAUCUUUUAAAGCAGAUGCAACUAUCAGUUUCGAAAGAUGGAUUUGUUCACUUUGGAGACACUGUGAUGCUUUUGAGCCCUGAAAACAACAAAUCACCUACGGAGAAUUACCCUGCAGCGUGUGGCAAUCUAACUUUGGCUGUUAAUCCAGAUGAUAUAACAGUACAUACAUCUGAGUCAUUGCAAGUCCCCUGUGGAUUGAGUGCAGUGAAAAGUGUGAACCCUGUUGGUCGAAAUGCAUUUCGUAUCCUAAGUGUUGAAGGAAAUUCGAUGGGUGAACCCAUUAGAUUUGGGCAGAAUUUUGGUCUUGGGGCAACAGGCGGUUUUACCGAUCAAAUGUUAUAUCUUGCAAGUGACCAUAAAUCAUUUAUGAGAUUUGCUAAAAAAUCAUACCUUCAGCAAGUGUUUUUGACAGAUGAGCUCUCCUAUCUGACUUGCUGGCAAGCUACCUUUUUGGAUCCACAGCUGCGUCUUGAAUAUGAAGGUUUUCCAGUUCCUGCAAAUACUAAAGUCCUUAUCACUCAUUGCCAUACAAAUCGGGGUUUAGCAGUUCCUAGGAACUAUUGGAUAAGGUCGUACUUUGGAAAGGAAUAUGAAGUCAUUUGUCACACCUAUCUGGAUUCCCAUAAAGCUGAAGAAGAUAAGAAUUACUGGAUAAUAGUAACUGCGAAUCCCAGUGAUGAUGGAAUUACUAUGUUUGACAGACCUAAGCCUCCCUCAGAGGAGACCAGAGAGAGAGAGAAGAAUGAACUUUAUGCAGGAACAUAG